AUGUCUAUUCCCGGCGUUAUUCCAGAGAAGACGAGGAGUAACAACAUUCUUGAAGUUGAACGGGUGCUAGGCGUUGAAGCUGCUCGUCGUGUGGUGAUGGAGGAACUCCUGGCUGUUAUGGAAGGUCAUGGCGUGGAAGUUAAUAUUCGUCACGUUAUGCUGCUAGCCGACCUCAUGACCAAUCGGGGCGAAGUAUACGGUUAUCAGCGCAGUGGCAUGGCUAAGGGCAAAAACAGUGUCCUCUGUUUAGCCUCGGUAUGUUCCCUCAACCUAUGCACAUAA